CAGCGGGGUUGGUAGCGUGGUAGAGCAGCGGAAAAAUCCAAAUGGAGAAGCAGAAAAUGGAGGUGAGUCUGGAAGGAGAGAGAGUGGUAUUGGUACCGUACAUGAAAGAGCAUGUGCCGAAAUACCAUGAGUGGAUGCAAGACCCUGCUCUGCUCCAAGCCACUGGCUCUGAGCCCCUCUCCCUUGACCAGGAGUAUCAGAUGCAGCUCUCAUGGAACCAAGACCCCUUCAAACGGACUUUCAUUGUGUUGGAUAAGCAUUUGGUUGUGGGAGAUUUUACUCACGGUGAUCCCCAUGUAGAAGCUAUGGUAGGUGAUGUGAAUAUUUAUAUGAAUGAUCCGGAUGAUCCUCAAAUGGCAGAGAUUGAAAUAAUGAUUGCUGAACAGAAAUGCCGUGGUAAAGGACUUGGAAAGGAAUCCGUUUUAAUGAUGAUGGCAUUCGCAGUUAAGAACUUGGGGAUCCACAUCUUCCGUGCUAAAAUUGGAGAAUCAAAUUCAGCAUCACUUAAUAUGUUCCGGAAAUUGGGCUUUGAAGAGACCUCUUACAGUGAAAUCUUUCAGGAGGUGACAUUGGAAUUACAAGUAACUAAAGCCAAGCAAGAGGAGCUGCUGCCUUUGAUACGUUUGAAACUUGAAAGCUGAGAGAUCCAGGUUGCAUUGAUGGGUUGUAACUGUUUAUAGGUGUUGGAUAAACAGUCAAAUUCCCAUUAUGAUUGUGAAAGGCUACAAUAGCCUGUGAUCCAGCCAUGGCUUUUCUUGUUGGAUUUAUUCCCCAUGCAAUCCAUCCUGUUGAUGUUUGUGUGGCUCUAUAAGCCAUUUGGAUGCUUCUGGUGGACUGAAUAUAGUUCCAGUGGAGGUGGGCUUGCAGUACGGGGAGGUCCUUGCAGGAGCUGAAUGUUUGUUUUCUUGAGAAGGUAUAAUUUGAGCAGGUUUGAGCUGUGGAAGUAAGGAUUUGAGAAAGAAUAAAACAAACGAUUGAGAACCAUCUUGAGUUUGUACCCAUGAAUAUUUGAUAUUAAACUAGAGAGUUGACAGGUCCAGAAACUUCAGCUUAAGAACUCCUUUCUUGACAGUUUUCUAUUGUACCCCUUCUUUUACUGCUGAAGGCUAAUGGCUCUGAGGGUGCUGCAUAAAAUUUGAAGAUGCUCUAAAAUGCUCUAGUAGCAGAUAUUGAGGGACUUGGUUGUAUUUUGUUUGGGAGAUAAGAGAGGUUGUAUUCUAUGGUUAAUAGUGAAGAACUUGGUUGUAUAUUCUGUGGUGAGAGUUGGUUCUGUUCUUUCCUGAUUCAGGCUCGAAUUUGAUGAGAGGAACUUUCAGGAUCUGUUUGAAGUGUUGAAGAAAUCAGAGAAGAAACUUGGGGCCUUUAAUAAGCGAAGUGGACCAUUGAAACCGGGACUAGUGUCAGUAGUUAGUUUACCAGUCACGUAUAUCAGCUUAAUAUAAGUGGUAGAAAUCUAAGUAAACUACUCAUAGUGAUCUUUAUUUAUGCAUGAUAAUCUUUCUUUCUGUCGUACAUUUUUUUUUUCCCUCCUAACAUAUAACUACUAUUUCAACUUUCAAGAGGAAAACUUGGUUCAAGUAGUGACAUAGUUUGAUAGACCAACAAGGAAUGUAUUGGAGACUUGCUGCUCUUUUCUUUCGAAUCCUUGUAAAAAUGAUAUUAUGGGGAUUCAAAAUUUCUCAUCUUUCUAUCCUCUCUCUCUCUCUAUUUCCUUUCCCUAGUCAAUAAAAUUUUGCGACUUUUUAAAUGUCAGUUUCCUGAUUAAACCCAUUGAAUAACUUGUUUAAGUAUGAACUUCAGUAAAUUAGGUGAUAGUCACGUGCUAUAUAAGUCUAAUAAAUGAAAAAAAUAAAAUAAAAUAAAAAAAGAAAGUAGUUGAUGGAAAAGGUGGGCAUGCCCUGGUGACAACAAUAUUGGCGUUAUGAUAUGUGAAGUGGAUGAAUAUAGACUGGUUGGUAUGAAGAAGAUGGUUUUAGAUUUGAAGUGUGUACUUUAUGGGGGAAGUUAUAGAUGACUCACAAAUGGAAGAAAAGUAAAAGCUCUUGGAAAAUUGAUUGAUCAAGUAAGCUUUUAUAUUGUUUAUUAUUGUUAUCAUUAUUUUUUCAAUUUUCUGAGGUUUUAGCAUAUAUUCAAGAAAGUAGGUAUAAGUAGUAUCUUAUAGAUGAAGGAAAACUUUUAUAUGCAAUUGCUAUAUGGAUGAUGUGGCGUGACAAUCAGAUAAUAAUUUUUUCUUAUAAGAUUAAUAUACUAUAGUUUGAUA